AUGAUCGUUCGACCCUCAAAACUUCUCCAGACUGAGUUGCAAAAAUCUGGUUCUCUUAACCUCAAAAUACAAGAUGUUACAUUGAUAAGAAAAAACGUUGGAUACACUAGACUUACCCAUUUACCAAAACUACCGAAAACUUUUUCAGAAUUUCAUAAUGCACUGAACGAUAUGACAUUACAGACAAACGAGAAUGAGACGUUUUUACUUCAUAAAGAUGCCGAUACAAAUACAAAAAAAUUGACCCAAUGCUCAAAAGUCACGGCUGAUGGAACAUUUUACAGUGGCCCUAACCCUUUUCUACAAGUUUUUUGCAUUCAUGGGCUUGCUAAUAAUGUUUUUAUACCGUUGAUGUUCUUUUUGUUGUCAAAUAAGCUACUAACAUCUUAUGAACGAGCUUUUUCCUUUCUUUUAGAAAAAAUAAAAUCACUUAAUUUGAAUUUUGCUCCCGAUAGCAUACGUGUUGACUUCGAACCUGCGAUUCAUGCAGCAAUUAAGAAAAUGUUUCCUCAUAUUCCUGUAUUUGGCUGUCGUUUUCAUCUGGGCCAAAGCUGGUGGAGAAAAAUACAGAGUUUGGGUUUGAGCACUGAAUACCGAAAAUUUGACUCAUCGAUUAGUAUCUUUCUGAGAUCGUUAUUUGGAUUGCCAUUUUUACCUCCUAACGCAGUUAGUGAUUCGUUCGUAUUCGAUUUUGUUUCGAUUAAACCUGAUGAUGCCAGAGUAACUAAGUUCUGUGAUUAUUUGCUGGAUACAUAUAUUUCAGAGAGUGCUCUUUUUCCACCAUCUAUUUGGGCUGAAUAUUCACCUUGUGUAUCCCGUACCACAAACAAUUGCGAGUCAUUUCAUUCGAAAUUCAACAGUUAUUUUUAUACUUCAAAACCAAACAUAUUUCAAUUCACAGAAGCUGUAAAAGCAGUGCAAACUGAAAUUUAUAUCAAAAUGGGGAGUACAUUGCCAAAAUCAAAAAUAACAUUGGAGAGAGAACAUUUUUUAAAAUGA